AUGGAACCAGUCGUUAGAGGAACGAGUCUCAGACGUGUUCCUGUUCCUGUUGCUUUUCCUGCGUGGGGACGAAAAUCUGUAGCCAGAAAUCGGGUUUGGCGCGCGUUCUCUGCAGCUGCGCCUCUCCGCAAAAUCGAAGAUAUUACCCGCUUACCGGAUUCCGUAUUCCCACGGUAUGAAGCAUCGCGGGGGAGUGACCUCCUAGCUCUCCGGUGGCCAAGGCCACCGCAGAAUAUCCUCCUCGUUAGAAAGAAGGGGGCGCCACAGGUGACACAGUCUCUUAUUGAAUUCGCGAAUCACUUAAAGUCUACCUAUUCCCCCAUUUCUAUCAUAUUAGAGCGCGAAACCGCAGCGGAGGUGCACGAUGUGCUGUCAUUUCCUGUAUAUACCAACCUCGACCUGGACAAACUACCGCCCAAAAAAAUCGACCUCACAGUUACGCUAGGCGGUGACGGAACCAUCCUUCGUGCAUCCUCCUUUUUCGCAACAUCCAAACUAGUUCCUCCAAUCCUUGCCUUCAGUAUGGGAACAUUGGGUUUCCUCGGAGAAUGGAAGUUUUCCGAAUACAAAGGCGCUUUCAGGGAAGUAUACAUGUCGGGAGCUGGACCGGGGGACCGCGCAUCUCUAUUGGUGCGCCAUGGACAAAGAAUGGCUGCAGAAAAUGGCCCAUCAGUGUCCUCCACGACACUGCCCUCACCUGCAGACGGCUGGACUUCGGUCCGCGGGAAGUCCAUGGGGGCAUCGAGAUCCGCAAAGAUCCUUGUCCGUAGCCGUCUACGGGUGGGAGUAUACACGCCAGACGGCCGCCCGGUCCACCGCGACGGCGCAACCAUGGCCUCCCCCUCCGAUGACGACGGCGGCGUGCACGCCAUGAACGAAGUGGUCAUCCACCGUGGCAAACAACCGCACCUUGCCAUCGUCGAAGUCUACGUGGGCGGGCGCUUCCUCACCGAGGCUGUCGCGGACGGAAUGAUCAUCUCUACUCCCACGGGUAGCACGGCAUAUAGUCUCAGCAGCGGCGGGAGCAUCAUCCACCCGCUCGUCCCUUCGCUGCUAGUCACACCCAUCUGCCCGCGUAGUCUUAGCUUCCGGCCACUAGUCAUCCCAUCCAGCACGCCAGUGACGCUGAGGCUCAGCGAGAAGAACCGCGGGCGCGAGGUUGAGGUUAGUAUUGACGGAGUGAUGAUGGCGCAGGGAUUGAGGGUUGGGAUGGAAGUGAGGGUGUGGGGAGAAGAGAUUGAGAAGGAGAAUGGGGAGUGGAAGGGGGGCAUUCCGUGUGUGAUGAGGAAAACGUUGGGAGAUGGGAAUGGCGGAAAUGGCGGCGGCGAUGCGGCCGAUGGGUGGGUCGGGGGGUUGAAUGGGUUGUUGAAGUUUAAUUAUCCCUUUGGGUCAGAGGCAUGA